AUGUCCUUGUGGCUAACAUUGUUUUCGGUACCGUUUCUGCUGGUGCGGGUAGCUUCAGCGGAUCACAAGCGGAGUAUUUUGAAGGAUGAUGUGUGGCUUGAGAUGCCGACACCAUCUAGGACGGAGGGGAGUAAUGUUGUUUGGCCUGUCGUAAGGGGGCUCGUGGCGUUGAACGGUUCAGCUGGUGUUGGUCAGGUGGUGAAUAGACUAAGCAGCAACGAGAGCCUCUCAGUGGGUGGGCUCGUUGGAUGUGGGGACGGGUAUUGCCCUUCGUUUGCGCCCAUAUGCUGCGGAGGCCCAGCUUACUACUAUUGUGUAUCUGGGGGAAGUAAGUGCUGCGGUUUCCCUGGGAGGGUUGUGGGGUCUUGUGGUCAAAGUGAGGAGUGCUGUGCUGAUGAACGAAAUGUUACAUGCUGUGAGGCGGGCUCGUACUGUAAAGUCGACGGCAGUGAUCUUGCCUGUGCCUCUGACACCUGUUCGCAUCGUCUGACAGUUGAUGAAUGCCUCAGCCAAAAUGAUGGCUGUGGAUGGUGCUGUGAAGAGCACCGGUGCGUGAGAAAUACGAGCGGGUGCUCUAAAGGCGGUCGUCCUAUCGCUGUAGGAGAGACGUGCCCCUCGCGGUGCCACUAUGCAGAUACGUGCGGUUUGUGUUUGGCUUCUGGUGACGCGGCGAGCGGCCUGGAGGAUUGUAUGUGGUGUUGUGGCUCACAGUCUUGCAUACCUUCCAGUGAGGGAGAUAGCUGCCAAAAUCUUCAAGGUAUUGUAUCUCCAGGAUUUUGUUCGGCCUGUCUGAGCAACGGAGAGGGCGUGGGUCCGACAUUUGUUGGAUCACUUCAGCAGAUGCUUGCCCUAUUUUCGUCGUUUGUUUUUAUGAUAGGGAUCAUUUCUUGCGUUUGGGUUUCCCGUGCUUGUGCAACUUAUCGUGACAACACGAUUGUAGCGAACGGAAUGCGACAGGUAGAGGUGGCUGCGCAUUACGCGGUGCGACGCCAUGGGUUCAUUGCCGAUGGUCUUUCUGCAGAGGGUGGCUCUUCAGGAUGUUGCCCCUUGCUUCGAUGUAUUUGUUGUUUUUGCACGACUCGCAGAUCCGAUCCAAGCAAGCAAAUACAAGAGGAGGGUGGAGAUGGCCCCUGUCUGAGCGGUGAGUUUUAUUGCGCAGGGUGUGAGCUGGCAUUACGCCCGCGGUCACUUCUCUCACUUGUUGACGCGGUUCAGGGUUCCAGGCCACCCGGUGAGAGAGGUAUAUGCGAUGAUUCUGAUUACCAUGCGGAGGACGAGGGGAUUAUUGUUCUUCUGCCAUGUGGUCACUUUUACUGUUACGCGUGCCUAAAUAUUAAAAAGAAACGAACAAUAAGCCCCAGACGUCUGCCUAAACAAACUUGCUCUGCGGCCGCAUCCGAUUCUCAGGUUCGUGCCGAGGAGGCUCUGCAAAGUGUCUCCUCCGCUGAUGGUGAGCAUGCAGGAAAUCCUAGCGGCGCACAUGUGGAUGCUGACAACAGGGAGGCAGGGGCAGCGGAGGCACAAGAGUCCAGUUGUUGUGGGUGCCUGCUGUGCCCGUUUGGGAAGAACUCUAAAGAGCGCGUUGCGGGUGAGCCCAAGGGUGUCGUGGACAUUGGAAAAUUGGCGAUGAAGAAAAUUAAACGGAAGUGCCCCAAGUGCAGACGAACGGUAACCGACGUACUUUUACCCCACAAUAUCAUACAUUUGUAA